GAGAGCACUGGAGAUCGUUUCCGCUAACACUCACCUCCACCUCCUUCCUCCAUUACCUCCCCAACGUGUUUUGAAUUAUGGGCCAGACACCCUCCUCCGGCGGCGGGCAGAACCCGCAAGGUAACAAGAAACCCGGCGACAACAAGGACCAGAAGAAGAAAUGGGAGCCGCCGCUUCCCACUCGCGUCGGGAAGAAGAAGAAGCGCGGGCCCGCCGCGGCGUCCAAGCUACCGCCUGUGUACCCCGUCACGCGCUGCCGACUCAAGCUGCUCAAGCAGGAGCGCAUCAAGGACUACCUCCUAAUGGAGGAGGAGUUUAUCGUGAACCAGGAGCGGCUGAAGCCCGCAGACGCUACGAGGGAGGAGAAGAACGAGGAGGACCGGACGAAGGUGGACGACCUGCGGGGAAGUCCGAUGGCGGUGGGCACGCUUGAGGAAAUCAUCGACGACGACCAUGCGAUCAUAUCGACCGCGAGCGGGCCAGAGUUCUAUGUGUCGAUCAUGUCGUUUGUGGACAAGGACCUACUAGAGCCCGGCUGUCAGGUUCUGUUGCAUCACAAAAGCCAAAGCAUCAUCGGCGUGCUGCAGGAUGACGCGGACCCGAUGGUGAACGUAAUGAAGUUGGACAAGGCCCCGGUGGAGAGCUACGCGGACAUUGGAGGAUUGGAGCAGCAAAUACAGGAGAUCAAGGAAUCCGUGGAGCUGCCAUUGACUCAUCCAGAGCUGUACGAAGAGAUGGGCAUCAAGCCGCCGAAGGGUGUCAUCCUCUACGGCGUACCGGGAACGGGCAAGACGCUGCUUGCCAAAGCCGUCGCGAACCAGACGUCCGCAACCUUCCUGCGCAUCGUCGGCAGCGAACUGAUCCAGAAAUACCUUGGAGACGGUCCGAAACUCGUGCGCGAGCUGUUCAGGGUCGCGGAGGAGCAUGCGCCUAGCAUUGUGUUUAUUGACGAAAUCGAUGCUAUCGGUACGAAGCGGUAUGAUUCUACGUCAGGAGGAGAGCGUGAAAUCCAACGGACAAUGUUGGAACUCCUUAACCAACUCGACGGUUUCGACACCCGGGGGGACGUCAAGGUCAUCAUGGCUACGAACAAGAUCGAGUCGCUGGACCCCGCCCUCAUCCGGCCAGGGCGUAUAGACCGUAAGAUCGAGUUCCCGCUGCCAGACGUGAAGACGAAGAGGCAUAUAUUCAAGUUGCACACUUCACGCAUGUCACUCUCGGAAGACGUUGAUCUUGAGGAAUUCAUCAUGGCCAAGGAUGAUCUCUCCGGCGCGGACAUCAAGGCCGUCUGUACGGAGGCUGGUCUGCUCGCACUUCGGGAACGACGGAUGAGGGUCAACAAGCAAGAUUUCACGACGGCAAGGGAGAGGGUGUUGUAUCAGAAGAAGGAGAGCGUACCGGAAGGCUUGUACCUAUAGUUCCUACUGUAAUAUCUCUCGCUGUUCUCUCCUGCGUAUCGAUCUUAACGUUCCCGCUCUUCGUGUGUUCGUGGCCUAUGUGGCCGGGGCGCUCAAAUGACGCCUGAGGCUCGCUCAU